GGGGACGGCGCUGUCAGCGAGCGGGCGCUGCGGGGAGGCCGGAGGGGCCGUGACUCUCUGAACCUGGGAAAUGGCAGUGAUGGGAAUUACGUGCCAAGGAGCUCCUGAUCCAGCCGUCAAGCACAAGAAGGAGCUCACAGCUACCAAAGGGCUGAACGAGACACUGAGUGAAAAGCAGAGCAGUGCAUGCAAAGUAGAAGAUUCAAAGAAGGUCAUCUUUCACAGUCAGUGGAAAAUCCUAAAUGAUGUAAUCACUAAAGGAACAGCAAAAGAAGAAACAGAAGGAGGCUGUGCAUCAAUUUCUAUUAUUGCCCAAGCAGAAUGUGAAAACAGUCAGGAGUUCAGUCCCACUUUAUCAGAGAGAUCCUUUAUUGCUCAUAGUAAGCGUUACAGCCGGUCAGACAGUCUCGAUCAAAUCCCAAACAAUGUGGCCCACGCAACGGAGGGGAAGAUGGCACCUACCUGCUGGAGGGGGAGGCAUCGCGGUAAGACGAAAAAGAAACGUCACAAGAAAAGAUCCAAGCUGAAAAUACAAACUGUGGCUGCUGGCAGGCAAGGUCCCAGAACUCCAGAACAAGAGAGCUGCACCCCGAUUCCCGUCCAGGAGGAUGAAUCACACCAAAAUAUUCUUUACAGAAACAGUUUUUGGGUUUCAGAAUUUAACAAGGACUUGGUUUAUGAUCCGCUGCCGUUUGAGAAACACGAGACAGUUCUGUCCACGGGCAAACUCCAUUCACCGAGAAGCCAAUACAAAACCGAACUGCACAAGUUGAUAAGCCCUAUUCAGUGCCUUAAUCAUGUUUGGAAACGGCACUAUCAGAGGGACGGUGUUCCACAGCCUGAAACCCUCCAUCCUUUUCCCUACAAUAUAGUACCCCCUCAUUUCCCACAUCUGAACAAUCCUCUCCAUGCCCUGAAACGUAACGCUCUGGAGACGUACAUUCAUGGUGAUCUCAACUAUCAAGACAGUGAGCAGCGCUUAUCUGGCCUAAAUUUAGAAUAUAGUUUCCCCAAAUGUGUCAACCAGUCCAUGAAAACCAGUUCGGACAAGAUUUCUGUGGAAGAAUACUUGGUAGAUGCCUUGAAGGGCAGCGUGAGUUUCGGUGAGCCACAAAAUUUAGCCAGCCUAGCCAAGACGUGGAGGGGAGGAGGUCUGGACCUGAAGGAACAGUUUCAUGAAGCAGAUGAAAAUGAAGGCGUGCUACUUACUGAGAAACUAAAGCCAGUGGAUUAUGAGUACCGAGAAGAGGUUCAUUGGACCAAGUGUCAUGGUUCUUUGGGCAUCGGCUCUUUUGGAGAAGUAUACAAAAUAGAGGACAAACAGACAGGAUUUCAAUGUGCUGCCAAAAAGGUACAAGUUGAACACUUCCGUGCUGAAGAAUUAACGACAUGCGCUACGAUAACAAGUCCUAAAGUUGUCCCCUUGUACGGAGCUGUGAAGGAGGGACCCUGGGUGACCAUCUUCAUGAAGCUGAUGGAGGGUGGCUCACUGGGUCAGCUAAUUAAACAGAGCGGCUGCCUGCCAGAGGACAGAGCCCUCAGUUAUUUGGGCCAGGCGUUAGAGGGCCUGGAGUAUCUUCACGCUCAAAACAUUCUCCAUGGAGAUGUAAAAGCGGAAAACGUGCUCUUGUCUGAUGACGGAAGCAGGGCUCUCCUGUGCGACUUUGGUCACUCUGCUCACCUUCACCCAGACGGCCUGGGGAAGUGCUUGGUCACAGGGAACUACGUGCCUGGCACAGAGACUCACAUGGCUCCAGAGGUGGUCAUGGGGAAGCGCUGUGACUCCAAGGUGGAUGUCUGGAGCAGUUGCUGUAUGAUGCUGCACAUGCUGAACGGGUGCCACCCUUGGACCCAGUAUUACAACCACCCACUCUGCCUGAAGAUAGCUAAAGAGCCACCUCCUCUGAGGGAAAUUCCACCUUCCUGCAACCCUCUCACUGCUGAGAUUAUUAAAAUGGGUCUGGAGAAAGAGCCUGUUCACAGAGCAUCUGCUUCCGAACUGAAAACUAAGACCAGUGUUGCACUUGAAGAAGUGGGAGGUGUGACAAGCCCCUGGAGAGGUGAAUACAGAGAGCCCAGGCAUUUCUCUUUGAACAAAGACAACAAUCCACGGACGUCCCUGUCCCCCACAGUGAGCCCAGUUUCUGAGACUGGUUCUGACCCAAAAUUGGCAGUCAAAGUUUCUUGUGCAAGCCCAGUCCUACCACCACCACCUCUGGAACAAAGAGAGGAGGCCGAGGGAACCCCUUGGAACGUGAGCAAGGAGUUAUCCAAGACCUGGGAUCCUCUACCCCUCUCCUCGACUGCUCUCCCCCUGAAGAGCUGCAGCCAUGUGGAGAGAGCAACAACCAUUUCGGAACAAGAGCUUCAGCAGCUGGAAAUAGAACUGUUUUUGAACAGCCUUUCACAGCCUUACUCACUGGAAGAGCAAGAACAAAUGCUUUCAUGUCUCAGCAUCGACAGCCCGUUUGUGUCGGAUGCCAGUGAGAAGAACUCCAUGAAGGCCUCUCAUAGCUUGAGGGACACUAUGAGCUCUGGGAUUCAUUCCUGGAACAGCCAGGCAGAUGGACAGAGCUUCAGUUGGAACAACCUGCUGAAUCGCAGUCGGCACACAGACACUCCCAGCCAUUUCAACGGAGUGAAAAUCCAGAUCCAGUUGCUAAGUGGAGAAAAUUUACACAUCAGGGAUUUCCACAGGACAAAGGUGGGAGACAUUGCCACUGGGAUAAGCAGCCAGAUCCCAGUCCCUGCUUUCAGUCUGGUGACUAAGGAAGGGCAGCCGGUUCGCUACGACAUGGAGGUCCCCGACUCUGGGAUUGAGCUGCAGUGCACCCUUGCCCCUGACUGCAGCGUCAGCUGGACGUGGCGAGUCAAACACGGUCAGCUGGAGAACAGACCAUGAAGCCAUUCCUGUUUUGGAGGGUUUUACCUUGUUGAAAGAAGGAAUUGCAAAAGCUUCCAACCACCCCUGCCAUGGAACACCGAGUGCAGUUGCUGGUUUUUGUGCUGAAGUAGGAUAGCGGUGCAGCAGCUCACUGCUCUCAGGCCUCACUUCUGUUGUCUGUUCUGAUCCAGUUCCAAGACAAUGUCCUGAGCUUAGAUGUUCCCCAGAACAGUGGGAAUUACUUGUUUCGGGUGUGAGUGUUAGGUUGAGCUCAGAAUGGUAGGUGGAAAUUCCUGCUUUUCAGAGGAAUGUGAUUGUGCUUUUCAGGAGCAGAGGGGGAUUGGAUGAGAACUCCUGUUCCUCAGCCUCCGAGGAGAAGCCGGUAGUUGCUGGGCUUGCCCAAAGGAGGAGGUUGGGUAUCUUCAGUGCAGCUGUGGUUGUUUGUGCUGAGGAGAGGUGGCUAAUUUCCUUCUAGCUGGAGGAAAAACUGAAUGUUUCUGUAGGCUUUGGGUAGCAUCAUCUCUACCUCAAGCCUUUUGCAUGGGGAAAAUCGACAGCAGUAAUUAGCUGGGUUCUUGGUUUCACCUCCCACCCUUCCCCGCAGACGCUUCCUUCUUGAAUCAGAAAAGAAGUUUGUUCCCAGAAAGAGCUUUGCUUGCAGCUCUCGUCUUCAGGUCUCCUCCCAACUCAGGAGGGAGCUCUCUCUGGUGUUCUCUCUGGUGCUCUGUCUUCGGUGUUGCUGCCAGUGUUGUCUGGCAGGCGGGGCAGGAGGAGGGGAUGGUGUUCCUGGGUGGACAGGGUGGGAGAAUCCCACUCCUCCAUCCUGUUCCCACUGCUGACUUGGGACUUGGUGUGAAUUGUCCAGUCCAGGCAGCUCCCCCUGGAAGGGGAAGGGACGGUGCCUCAGGCAGCUCAGACAAGUCUGAAUUCUGCUGUGGUGUUUGUAGAAGCCUCACUCCGAGCUGUCGGUCCGGCUGGCCGCUCAUCCCCUCCGCUGGAGCUCAGCACCCCAGUUCCGUGCUUCAUGAGCACUCACGGACUGGCAUGAGACUUCAUACUGCUCCCUUUAUGUCAGAAAGUGUUAAAGGAGUGGGAUGGGCAGCCGGGCCCGUGAUGCCUUAAGCUUUGACCUUAUUUUUUACUGAUUUUUGAGUUGUUUGGUGGUUACUGAGGCUGCACAGGUCACAUCCAGAUAGGAGGUGCUGCCAGCUCUUCUGUAACCUAGAACAAACCCAGAGGAGGCGGUGAGCUGUGGGUGGACUUCUUCAGGACUGCCCCAAGUCCUUGUAUGCCUGGAGAUCACAGUCACUCUUCCCGUGUGCUGUUCCACUGUGUGGCCUCUGAGCAGGAGCUCUCUACAUCCAGGCUGAGUAGAGGAACGGCUCCCGUAAAGCGCAGUUGGCCCUGCUGGAUCCAUGCUGGUUCUGGGCGACACAACGGGGCAGGAAUGUCUGCAGUGAUGUUCACUUAGAAAACAGCUUGGAAAGGUUGUACUGUGGGCCUCCCUUUUUAAGGUCCAGGGCUCCUUGAGCAACUGCUGUCCUCCCCUCUGGUCUCCCACAACAUCGGUUGGGUUUGAUACACCAGGCAGUGACAUCCCUAGCAGAAAAUAAAAGUUGUGCUGCAAUAAAAAGGGUGGAACUCUUGAAGAAAAAUUCAACCUGUCACCACUAUGGGUAUAUUUUUAUAGCACUUUUUGUUCUAAAGCACUUAAUGUUGUCCAAAAUAGACACCUAAUUAUUAUAGCUGAAAUGCCACGUUGAGAGUCUUUUCAGUAAACAGUUAACACAUUACAUCUCUUCCAGGAAGGAGUGGGGGGAAUGGGUAGGUUGGCUCGAUUUUGUUUUUUCAGACGCCAUAAACUACUAAGAGUUGUGAGCUCUGGAGCAGGAGGACUCAAAAUGCCUUCCCAGGAGCUCCCAAGCAUAUAUUCUGUGCAGCAACCCAUCUCCCCAUGCCUGGCACCCCUCCUGGGCUUCCUUUGAGGGGGGAGGAGAAAAACCUGUUGGCUGUUUCUAAGAAGAGGCUGUUGGUGAUGUGUCAACAUGACACACGGCUGUUGGUGAUGUGUCAAUACGAAAGCGUGAUCCAUUCCCUUCUCCAAGACUGCAUCUCAUGGCUUUCACUGCUGUCUGCAAAAUGCUCUGAUGUACGGGUGUAGGGUUUGUUCUUGGAUGUUGGACUCAAGUCCUCUUUUCUCAGGACUUCUGAGCUUUACACUUCACCUAUAGCAUUAACAGGAACCUCGGGCUGCCUGUGUGAAGGCUGGAAACCCUUACGAACCCGGAAUGUCGUUGUUGGGUGGAUGGAGAUGCUCACGUUCUCCUGUACCCUCACACCAGCAUUAGCCAGGAUCUCCAUCCUGUUUGGUUGGUCCUUGUGUCCUACUUUGUCCAACUUCAGUCCAAAGUAGGACUUUCAGUCCUACUUUGCUGCCACCUCAAGUGAAAAAAUGAGGCUGCAGAUUUCCUCCUAACGAAUCUUCUACGUGACAGCUGGCCAGGCGAGCGGGCUGUGGUGUCAGCAAUCCCUGCUGGAUGGGAAAGACACCUCGGCUAAUACCACAAACCACUGGUGCUUUCUGACUGGAACGUGGUUCUCCUCUGAGGAGCUUUUUGCUACCCACCAGCUUGGGAUCUCCUCGACUCUGUCCUACUGCCAGAACAGUUUCCUCUUCAUUCAGCUGCUCAUUUUUAUGCAACGACAGGCAUAAAAACUCCAGCUUCCAGCUCGAGGCUGGCUGUGCAGCACCGGCAGAAGAGAAAAUCGGGAAAGCUUUUCGUUAUCCAUCUUAAAAUUGGACUGAAGGUGUCUGUAGUAACCGAUCUCAAGGACAGAACCCCAGUUGUGAGUAGGGAGGACAGGAGUGAUGAACACAGAUGGCUCUUGUCACGUAGCUCCUUCCAAAAAGGAACAAAAUCCCUGUUGGCAAAGCAAUAAGAAGCUGAUGAUCCGUGUGGGGUGGGCAGCGCUGGCGUGGGUGAAGGCGAGGGGAUGACUCGCUUGUAUUGAACAAAUGACACUUUAUAAAACUGUGAUUUCUUGAAAUUAACGGUUUUGACCUGCAUUUUCACAGGGAAAAAGAAAUAAAG